AUGUUCUUCACCAAAAACCCCUCCGCUAUAAGAGUUUUUGCAGGUAAAUCGAUACCACUAGAAAAAUACUUUAAAACUACACGGGCACGAGACCGCACAAGAUUUGGAGCACAGAGAACACAAUUAUCCUCAACGCGCCGCCGGCACGAAGAAGUUGGUGCACCUUCAAACCUCCAACGAGUUAUUGGAGUUUGGUGGAUAUCAUACGAAGGAACUGGUGGAGAAAUGGAUGCUGUGGUACACCCACAUUGUGAAUGGUCGGGUGGGGCAGAAGCAGUGCUAGCUCUUGAACCUAACUCAUCAAUCUCCAUUGCUUAUGACUCUUUAUUCGGCCCUCACGAUGACCUUAUGCUUCUCGAACUUGAUGAGAAGCUCCUUCCAGAAGUCAUGCACGAGAGAGUAACUCUAAGAGGGCAGCCUGAUGAUGAUGUUGUCCUGUGUACUUCAUCCAAGACAUAUGGUGUUAAAUUCGUGGGGACAUCCAACUCCAUGUUUCUCAUCCCCAGCUCGGAUAAAAAAGAUGUUGAUGAGAGCAACGCGGUUGCACAUGUCGUUAAACUCGCCCCUGGUUGCAUGGAGCUCACCGAGGUUGCCCCAAAGCUAGACGAACUUAAACUCCUUCUCUCUCAAAAUCCCUACGGUUAUGGUGAAGAAUCUGAGAUGGAUAUCUUGUGUGAGAGGGAGAGAACUGAAAAGGGCCUGUACAAAUGGGCGGACCUUGUUGAUCGGUUACGGGCUAGCGACGAGGAAAUAAAAUUGGGUCUACAGUCCCUUUCAGCUGUUGAAAUCGAUGGGUACUGGCGAAUCUUGAACGAAGAGUACAUGAACGGGAUACUGAACAUGCUUCUGCACAACAUAAUACUGAACGACUGGUCCGUUGAUGCACUGGACGAAGGUGAUGUUGUGGGGGUGCUCGAAAGGGACGGGUUUCCAAGGAAUGUGGCCAAGCAUUGCUUACGAAUGUUUUGCAGUAUGGGAGGUGGUGAGGGGAGGUGGAAGCUGGAGAAGAGGGCCGUGUGCGCAGGUGUAGCUAGAGAGAUUUUAAGGGAAGGGAAGAUGAGAAUGGAAGUUUUUGUGGAGAGGUGGAGUCGGAAGCUUCCGGAAGGGAUGAAUGCAGGUUUUGAGGUUUUGCAAGGUGAAGUGCUGACGGAGAAGCUUGGUGUGGAAACUUGGGUUUAUUGGUUCAGUAAGAGCUGUCUGCCGUCUGAACCUGCUGACCGGUUUGCUGUGCUGUUUCGGGAGAGGCAAAAAUGGGAGUGGAAGGACUUAGAGCCAUAUGUCCGGGAUCUAAGAGUGCCUGGACUUUCUUCGGAAGGUUUGCUCCUGAAAUAUACUCGAAGAAGUCAGCCAAGCAUGGGGGCAGAGCCCAUUUUCAGUGCAAGAUAG